AUGACUUCGGGAAACCUUGAGGUAAUCCAAUGGAGAGAGGAGAGAGAGACAGCGAAUGAAGAGAAGGAUGCCCAUAAUCUCCAAGAGAACCUUGACUUUAUCAGUGCUGAUGAGGAGGACUCACAGAUUGAAUCUAGGGAGGCUGAAAUCAAUCCCGAUAUAGCAAUUCUGCUUACCUCUAGCCGGGAGCAUUUGGAUUCUUACGUGGCCUCUGCUAGCGAGGGAGAAGAAGUUUCACAAAUUACCAGAGAAUCAGGUGACGAUGAUGAUGAUGAGGAGCACCCCUCACCAAGGAAUCACUCCCUAAGCGCUCAUCUGGGAGGGUCUGUAGACUUUAUUAUCUAA